AUGACGGAUCCACAGUUUGGCAGGGAGCUGCCGCUUUUUGAAGCUGGUUUUGAAGCGUGCUCCGUUCUACACAGAAAUUUUAUAUGCUUUACCGAUAAACAUGAGCGAAUACUAAUGGUUCUAGAUCCGGGCCUUCACGCCAAGACAGCGGUUGUGGAACAUUAUGAUGAAAUAGUGAAACAGCCAACUCAAGUAGAAAAAUACAGGUCUUUCAGCAUAAUUGUACUUGCACGUCUGGAUGAAGUCUCGCAAAUGCAACAAGGAAGGGUAGCAAAAUGGUUGCUUCAAUUAGCAAGAAAUCAUUCAGAUUUAGUUUGCAUUGGUACUAUUAAACGAGCUGCUGGAUUAUCAGGCUUUUUGAAGUCUUGUUUUUGGUUUGCUACACAAGGACCACAAGGUGAUAUAGUCGGCAAUAAGAUCACCGGCAAGAGCCCCAAUAAUGUUAGCGUACAUGUAGCAUUAAAACGUUACAUUCUAGAUAUCAUAAUCCACAUUAGGAUGCAUCGAUUAGUCGUUACUGCAAAGGGCGGUGGCGCUGGAAUGAAUUCUUUACAGGAUAUUAUCGACCUAAGUCAAUGGAUGGUUGCUAAAAAUGCCUCUUCUAGAAAACAGUUUGUUACUCCAGAUGUUAUACAGCAAGCUAGUGUGUGGUAUUUUCCGUUACACAUGGAGCUGUUGAAGGAGCCUUUUCAUGAUAGUUCUGUCUUGUACGCAAGUGACGUGAAACUCGUUGAAGAGUUGAUCAACCAAUUGAAAAAGCUUGCCUUGAGAGUUGGUAGGGAUAAUCCACUAAUGCUUGAAAUUAUAGUUGUUAAGGAUGUACUGUCUAAAGUAGUACCAGCUAUAUGA